AUGAUAACCUCAUAUUUCUCCAAACACGGGCUCCUUUCAAUAGAGAUCAAGAAUAAAACCCCUUGCGCUGAGUCUUUUGUGUCCCUCAUUCUAGCAUCACCUGUAGUGCGCUUUCGGUGCCCAGCUGCCACAUCACUCGAAGGAGGCACAAGGACUGAAAUACUGCCAGGUUACCCAAGUCUAGACAGGGGAAGUCGAGAGGCAGAGGUGUUCAGUUCGCCGACUGUAGUGCGCUUUCGGUGCCCAGCUGCCACAUCACUCGAAGGAGGCACAAGGACUGAAAUACUGCCAGGUUACCCAAGUCUAGACAGGGGAAGUCGAGAGGCAGAGGUCGGGUUCGAACCACGAACCUUCCGGCGGUUAGAGCGCGAAUUUGCUGACCGGAAGGUCCGUGGUUCGAACGAACCCUCCGCCACUCGACUUCCCCUGUCUAGGCUUGGGCAACCUGACAGUAUCCCAGCCCUCGUGCUUCCUUCGGGUGGCAUGGCAGCUAGGCACCGAAAGGGCGCUACAGCUGAACGACCAGGCGAUAAUCAACUGGAUUUCCGAAGACAUCUGCUUAAACUGAAUCCAUGA